AUUGUUGUUUUAGAAUUGUUAGUAGCUGAUAAGCAUGGAUCCUACACCUAUUCAACAAUUUUAUAAGGAUGCCAGCGUAUUUAUAACUGGAGGGACGGGAUUUAUGGGCAAAAUUCUAGUAGAAAAGCUGUUGAGGUCGACGGAGGUGGGAACUUUGUAUUUACUUGUAAGAGAAAAGAAAGGGAAGCGGAAGGAUGACAGGAUCACAGAAGUGUUCGACGAUGUGGUUUUUAGGAAACUUAAAUCAGAAAAACCCAAAUUCAAACAUCGAGUACAAGCUAUAUCUGGUGACUUAAUGCUACCUAAUUUGGGACUAUCCGAGUCAGAUAGACAGCUUUUAAUUUCCAAAGUUAACGUCAUUAUUCACAUGGGAGCAACAAUAAAAUUCAACGAAAGCAUCAGUAGCGCAUUACAUGCCAAUGUAUAUAGUACCAAAGUAGUUAUAGACUUAGCCAAAGAAAUGAAACAACUUAAAUCGAUUGUAUAUGUGUCCACCGCCUAUUCAAAUUGCACACAAAGCGAAGUAGAGGAAAGGCUGUACGAUCCACCGAUAUCCUACGAGGAAUCAAUGGAGUUAGUAGAAAAGUUGUCACCUAAGGAAUUAGAAAAAUCUACGUCAAGGUUAAUAGGUAAAUGGCCCAAUACAUACACUUUUACCAAAUGUAUAGCAGAAUCAUUAGUAAAUAAGGAAGGAAAUGAAUUACCCAUAGCUAUCUUCAGACCUUCAAUAGUGGAAUCGACGUAUAGGGAACCAAUUGAAGGAUGGAAAAAUAACUUCUAUGGAGCGAGUGGUUUUUACUCAGCGCUUUACACCGGUUUUUUACAAGUUAAUAUUAGUAAUCGAGAUGUUGUUCUUGACAUCAUUCCUGUUGACAUGGCCAUUUCAGCCCUGGUAGCAUGCGCUUGGGAUGUUUCAUUAAAAAAUAAUAAUCGGACAUCUUCAGACAUCCCCGUUUACAACUACGUGUCUGGGCCGGAAAAUCCACUUUUAUUGGGAGAACUCACUGAUAUUUUUUUGAUUUAUGCAAGGAGAUAUCCAUCAGCUCAAACCUUAUGGAAGCCGCACAUAAUAUGGGCGAAUUAUUACAAAUUUUCCGUACUGUCGUUCUUUUUACAUACCAUACCGGCAUGCAUUUUGGACAUUCUUGCUAUAUGUACCUUCAAUAAACCCAGAAUAAUGGAUGCCUACAAAAAAAUUCACUCCAGUAUUAUAAGUACAGCUCCAUUUGCGACGAAGGGUUGGAAGUUCCGAAAUGAUAACGUGCAGAAAGUUUGGUUGGGUAUGGACCACAGAGAUAAGGAAACAUUUUUCUUUAAUAUGAGAGACGUCAACUGGACCUGCUUUAUUCGAUCUUAUGUUAUGGGUAUCAGGAAAUACAUUCUUAAGGAUUCUGAUAAGACACUGCAGGCUGCCAAGAGGAAAUAUAAGUGGCUCUCGAUUUUUAAUACAACUGCAAGAUGGCUGAUGAUAAUCUUUAUCUACAACAUAUUUCUGAGGCUGUUUAAAGCUAUGAUGAAUAAGUAACUCAUUCUGUAUUACUAGGAUUUUUAUAAAUAAAAAAAUUGACCAUUUUUUACAAAUUACUUGUUAUAGCCAUGUUCGAAUUUUUUUAUCAGAAAUUUUAUUAAUUCUGCUAUUUAUGUUAUGAAGUACAAAAUAAAGGAGACGUCAUUAUUU